AUGGAUGACACACCCCUCCGAAGAAUCGGAGCUGGCUUCUGCGGGACCGUCUGGGCCGCAGAAGAACGAGGCUCGGCCUUCAAGCGCGAAGACGGCGGUCCUCACCGGUCGCUCCUUCACGACUUCCAAACUCAUCAACAUAUCCUGCACUGCAUGCAUCAGACAGACCUCACAGAGGCGCCAGAGACCAAGCAGACGCAAUAUAAUAUCAAUAUUCCACUCUGCCACGGCUAUAUCGAUCCCCUCGAUGCCUGGUGGAAGAACAAUCUCGCCCGCUUCCCAGAGGGAUACGAGCCAUGCAAUACGAUCCACGCCCAGCGCAUCCCUCCUGUCCCCGAAGCAACCAGGCGUUUCCUCACGGAGCAAUAUUGCCCAGAGCCGCUAAGAGCUAACAUCCUGGCCAGCGAUGCAAACCGCGAUUGUAUGAUCCGGCCAUACCUAGGCCGCCGUCGAGUCCGAGCCUCAAAGCCAUCGCGAUUCCAGGCCUUCUCUCUAAGAAAUUAUCCCCUCCAUCUAGACCAGAUGGAGGAGAUCGGGAUUCCGGAAACAGACAUCGCCGGCUACGCGCGGACUAUGGCUAAGGCGCUGGCUCAACUGCACUGGGUCGCCCACGUAGACGGCAAUGACGUCGAGUUUGUUCUGGCGUCGCCGAACGAUCAGCCGGAUGAGAAUCGAUCACCGGAAUCUUGGUCUAAUGCCUUGGGCCUCCAUGAGAUGUGGAUGCUCGACUUUGACCUUGCUCGUCCUAUGACUGUGGAUAAGCAGGGUGCUCGGCAAGCAGCUAACGCUUUCAAAGGCAAUGACCCUUAUUAUCCACGCCCGGACAAAAAUUCCUAUUUGUGGAUCGCUUUCCGUGGCCAAUAUGUAGCGACAAGCGAGAUGUGCCUUCAAAAAGAGUCUCAGGCUACAAAAGAGCUGCCAGUGUAUUUCGUUCAUCUGGUAGAGGAGUCGAGUGAAUCAUAA